GAACUAUACUUUAUGUGUGUACAACAAUAAGGUGCUCUAAUAAUAAAUGGAGGAAUUACUGUAGCUGCACAAUAAGCUAAAUAUCUGUACGUGCGAGUAUGCAUUGUUAUGUGAACUAUAAUUUGCGCGAUAAAAAACGGCCAAAUAGUCAGUCAGUGUCGCGUUUUCAGUGGAAGUGGAUGGUUUGAAAAUAAUUAGAAUCCAAGUUGUUCGGACAGUGCAAUCCUGGCAUGAAGAAAAUACAAUUCAGAUGUUUUUUGUUACCGAUCAUAGUUUGUAUACUGUCAGUCGUACGAAGCAACGGUGAUGUUUCCAAUCGGGUAACUACAUGUGGUUAUGAGUCAUGUCCGGAGCUCAAAAAAGAUAUGCUAAACGUCCAUUUGGUGCCGCACACUCACGACGAUGUCGGCUGGCUGAAAACUGUUGAUCAGUACUACUACGGAAGUCACACACGAAUCCAGAAAGCUGGCGUGCAGUACAUCCUGGACUCGGUAAUUCAAUCGUUACUUAGAGAUCCCUCGCGGAGAUUCAUCUACGUAGAGUCGGCCUUUUUCUUCAAGUGGUGGAAAGAGCAGACGCCGCAAUUGCAGGACGCGGUCCGGAAUUUGGUGAAUCAGGGAAGGUUGGAGUUCAUCGGUGGGGCUUGGAGCAUGAACGAUGAGGCCACAACUCACUAUCAGAGCAUUAUCGAUCAGUUUGCGUGGGGGUUGAAGCUGUUGAACGAUACCUUUGGGGAAUGUGGAAGACCCCGAAUCGGAUGGCAGAUAGAUCCCUUUGGGCAUUCACGGGAACAGGCUUCUAUCUUUGCACAGAUGGGCUUUGAUGGGUGUUUUUUCGGACGAUUGGAUUAUCAGGAUAAGAAUAGUAGACUAAAUGGAAAGAAUGCCGAGAUGAUCUGGAAAACUAGUGCCAACUUGCCGGAUUCUGAUCUGUUCACGGGAGUGCUGUUCAACGUGUACCAACCUCCUCCGGGAUUCUGCUUCGAUGUACUGUGUCCAGACGAACCGUUUAUCGAUGAUCCCGAAAGUGCUGAGAAUAAUGUGGAUAGAAAGAUUGAUUAUUUCUUGAUGUAUGUCAAAAAACAAGCGAAGCAUUACAGGACCUACAAUAUCGUGUUGACAAUGGGUGGAGAUUUCACUUACAUGGACGCUAAUAUCUACUUCAAGAACAUGGACAAACUCAUAAAAUAUGCAAACGCUAGGCAAACCAACGGUUCCAAUGUUCACGUAUUCUACUCGACGCCAUCUUGCUAUUUGAAAGCCCUAAACGAUGCAGACAUAACGUGGCCAACCAAAAGUGAUGACUUCUUCCCCUAUGCCUCGGAUCCUUACACAUAUUGGACCGGUUAUUUCACCUCACGCCCAACGUUGAAAAGAUUCGAACGUGUCGGAAAUCACUUUCUGCAAAUUUGCAAACAACUAACUGCGCUGACUCCCCGUAAAGAUAAGCAUUCAAUUUCACGCCUGAAUCUUUUACGUGAAGCAAUGGGAGUAAUGCAGCAUCACGACGCCGUGACCGGCACGGAAAAGCAGCACGUAGCCGAUGACUACUCCCGAAUGCUGUCUCACGCGAUCAAUUCCUGUGUAGAAAACACUAAAACUUCGUUUCAGCAUUUGGUUGGUGCAAAUGCAACAUUCGAAUUCGAAUCCUGCCCUCUUCUCAACAUCAGCAAAUGUGAAAUUACCGAAAACAAGAGUAGCUUCUUCGUCACUCUCUACAACCCUCUAGCUCAUUCUACAAACCAGUACGUACGAUUGCCAGUUCCCGGAAAAAUGUACAUAAUUAAAGACAUCCUUGGAAGAGAAAUCCCAGGGCAAAUUGUCCCAGUCGCGCAGUCAGUCCGAAAACUCUACUACCGCUUCAGCAGAGCAAGCCACGAACUUGUAUUCUUGGCUAGUGGAAUACCGCCACUUGGGUACAAAUCGUACUUUGUUACGCGAACUGCCGAAAACGUAGAUGAGUCCCCACAAAACUCGCAAACGAAUCUGCAGCUCAACCAGGAGGAAGUAACCAUAGGAAACAAAUUCCUCAAUAUCAGUUUCGAUUCAAAUGGAUUUCUCAGUUCGAUUACGACUGAUGGAGUCGUACAUCAUCUGCGGCAGAACUUCGUCUACUACGAAGGUGCAUCCGGGAAUAACAUCAUCUUUAAAAACCGUUCAUCCGGUGCCUACAUAUUCCGUCCCAACGGGACGGAUCACGCCGUUACAAAUAAAGUGCAUCUGACGAUCUUCCGAGGUAGUAUUGUUCAGGAAGUCCAUCAGACGUUCAACGAGUGGAUAAGCCAAGUGGUCCGCGUUUACGCCGAAGAGAACCAUGUUGAACUCGAGUGGAUGGUGGGACCUAUUCCGGUAGAAGACGAGAUCGGGAAGGAGAUCGUUUCCAAAUUCUAUACGGCAGCUCAUUCCAAUGGAGUGUUUUGGACAGAUUCCAACGGUCGGGAGAUGAUGAAGCGGAAAAGAAACCAUCGUGACACUUGGGAGGUGCAUCUGGAAGAACCCAUAGCUGGAAACUACUACCCGGUGACGGCAAAGAUCGCCUUAGAAGACGAAAACAUCCGACUGGCUGUGUUGAAUGAUCGUGCUCAGGGUGGCUCUAGCAUGCAGGAUGGAUCGCUGGAGUUGAUGGUCCACCGAAGACUUCUGUAUGAUGAUGCGUUCGGAGUUGGAGAAGCCUUGGACGAGAAGGCUUUCGGAACAGGAGUGAUCGCGAGGGGAAAGCACUUCGUGGUGUUUGGGUCGAAGAAGACAAGCAGUCCUACGUUGGAGGCGAGGGAGAGAUUUCUGCAGAAUCUUGUUCAUUUACCGAGUUGGAUGUUUCUUAGUGAUGCUACCGGGCUGAAAUUCGAAGACUGGCAGACGCAAUUCAACGAUAUGCACUCAGCCCUAUCGAGUUCCCUUCCACCCAAUGUCAACCUAUUGACGCUUGAGCCUUGGAAAGAAAACAGUAUUCUAGUUCGAUUUGAGCAUAUUCUGGAGAAAAAUGAAGAUCCUUCGUAUUCGAAACCAGUUCAAUUCAAGUUACAGGACUUCUUUGGUUCAUUCAAUAUUGAAGAAAUUCGCGAGACUACGCUGGACGGUAACCAGUGGAAGGAGGAUAGCAACAGUUUUCAUUUCAAAGUGGAGUCCAAUUAUAUGCCACAACAGAGCCCAGAAUCAGUAUCACAGACACAAAGGAGUGAUGGAUAUGAAAUUGUUCUGGAGCCAAUGCAGAUUCGUACAUUUAUAGUUCAACUAAGAAUUGCAUAGUGAAGGAUAAAGGAGUCAAAACAUAAUAAUAAUUAGGUUUAUUCUACGAAUGGCAUGCGAUUAGAAUUGUCGGUCUCGUAUAACGAGGUGACAAUUCUUGACUCGAGUGAAAUGACUCUUCAUUUGAUUUAUACGACCUACAAUUCUCACUUUACGCCACUCUUAGAAUAAACCCAAAUGUAACACAUCAAAACAGAA